AUGAGCUCCACACCUGGGCUGGAUGUGGCCCCCAAACCCAGCGCCAAGUCCAUCUACGAACAGAGGAAGAAAUAUUCCACUGUGGUCAUGGCUGAUGUAUCCCAGUACGCGGUCAACCAUCUGGUGACUUUCUGCUUGGGCGAGGAUGAUGGGGUGCACACGGUGGAGGACGCCACCCGGAAGCUGGUGGCCAUGGACGCCCAGGCCAGGGUCUGGGCCCAGGAGAUGCUGCUGCAGGUGUCCAGUGCGCACGUCAAACUGCUGGACAUGGACUCCAAGGAGGAGCUGGAGUCGUACGCCUUGAGCUCCAUCGUCCGUUGCGACACCGUCCUGCCCCAGGGUCAGACCCGCUCCCUGCUGCUCCUCGUCUGCCAGGAGCCCGAACGGCUGCAGCCCGAUGUCCACUUCUUCCAGGGCCUGAACCUUGGGGCGGAGCUGAUGCGCGAGGACAUCACCGGCGCCCUGCAGGCGGACCGCUCCGGCAGCGGGGACCGGAGGGCGGCCGCUCUCAGGGCGGCUCAGGAGGAGCUGAGCCGCCCGGCCGCCGCCGACGUCGCCGGGUCCUCCCCUCUGCCCCGCCGGGCCUCCUGCCGCGUGGUCCUCGCCGACCCCCAGCCCGCCGCGGAGCGCCCCCUGGAGGACGAGGCGGACGCGCCAAGGCCGGUGGCGGACGCAGCCAGUCUGCAGGCGGAACGGGACGUGGACCUCCUGAACCACGUGCUGGACGACGUGGAGAGCUUCGUGGGGAAGCUGCAGAAGGCGGCCGAGGCCUCCCGCGUCCUGGAGCAUCGACAGCGGGGCCGGAGAGCCCGGCGGAGGGCCUCUGGAGAGGGUCUUCUCACCCUGCGCUCCAAGGCCCCUUCUGUGGGCGAGUAUACCGACAUCCUGCAGAAGAUCAAGUACUCUUUCAGCUUACUGGCUCGGCUCCGAUCCAACAUCACCAACCCCUCCUCCCAGGAGCUGCUGCACUUCCUAUUUGGGCCCCUGCAACUGAUGGUGGACACGUCGGGGGGUCCCAAGUUUGCGGAGGACAUCCGGCGGCCUCAGCUGACCGGAGAGGCGGUGGCGCUGCUGCGGGAGACCCUGAACCCCCAGGAGAGCGCUCUCUGGGCCUCCCUUGGAGAUUUCUGGACCAAAUCCCGGUUGGAGCUGCCCUCGUCGGAAGCCGCCCCGUACAUGCCCCUGUUUUACAGCGGCUGGCAGCCGCCUGCCACUGACCCCCAGGGCCAGCCUUGGGAAGAUCCGGUGGAGAAACAGCAUCAGCAUGAGCGGAGGCGCAGCCAGCAAUCGGCUCCUCAGAUCGAAGCCAACGGCCACGCGGACUCUGACCCUGGGCCUGCGCGGCAGCGGGAGGGCAAGUGGGUCCGCUGCAACUACGACUUCCAGGCCAGGAAUGGCAGCGAACUCUCCGUGAGCCACCGUGACGUGCUGGAGGUGCUGGAUGAUUCCAGGAAAUGGUGGAAGGUCCGGGACCAGUGGGGCAAGGAGGGCUACGUCCCCUACAACAUCCUGAGCCCCCACCCCGUCCCCCACAAUGGGCCGCAUGGCCAGAUCCCCGGCCCGGGCAGGAGCCCGCCCCAGAUGGGGACACCACCUCCUUCCCGGGCCCCUGCCCUGUCUCGGCCCCCGUGGGGUAGCAGCGACAAUAUCUACCUGGACCCCGCUGACAAGGAGAAGUUCUCCCAGCUGCUGAGCGUCAACGAAGAACUGGUGGAGCGGCUGGCCCGGGGCCGUCCGGAGGUUGGCCCCCGUCCUCCGUCCUCCUCCCGGACUCCCGAGCCCCACCUCAGCCCUCGCUCGGGGCCAGCCGAGGUCCGUGUCUGGCUAGAGCAUAAGGGCUUCAGGCCACAGACAGUGAGCGCCCUGGGCAUGCUGACCGGAGCCCAGCUCUUCUCCCUGCAGAAGGAGGAAUUCAAAGCCGUGAGUCCCGAGGAGGGGGGCCGACUCUACAGCCAGGUCACCGUGCAGCGGGCGCUGUUGGAGGACUCUGAGAAGGUGUCAGAGCUCGAGGCUGCGAUGGAAAAACAGAAGAAAAAAGUAGAGGGUACAGUGCCUAUGGACGGAGCCCUCCUCAUGUGAGCAUCACCACCCAUGGGGGAGGUGGUGGGUGGGCCUGGGCUGCUCUUGGAGCCGUCGGCGGCCACCCCUCUGCACCAGGAGAAACGGACUCUACUGCAUCAGCUCCUUCUCCCAUUUGGGCUGACCCACCCUGAGGCCCUCACCCCUUCAUCGCCACCCUGUUGGUGUCCAUCACGCUCUGCGGGGCUAGAAUUGGACCGAGGGGGCUUGGACUGUUACACUGCUGGGAAGAGAGGGGCCUGGGGGCCCCCCGGGCACGAAACCUGUCUUUGAGGGAGACCUCCGCCCCCACCCCUUCUCCAGGCACCGAUGCCGGCGGCAAAGUCAAGUCUUUAUUCUCAACGUCUGUGGCUGUGGCGUUUUCUCUGUAAAAUACUUUCUCCUGCUAGGAGGGGCGGGGAGGCCUCCCCCCCCCACCCUCACCCCCUGGAAUCAAAAAUAGAAGUCCUACCC